AUGUCGGAAUUAGAAAGAGCUUGGAGUGUGGAGAAGACCACCAUCAGGGCCCAUGCCCGCUGUCUGGUGAGACUGCCGUCAGAUCAACUUAAGAUUGUGGAGCUGAGACCUGGUGGAUCCAUUUCUCUGGGAAAAUUUGGUGCUUUCUUUGUUGACGAUGUGCUAGGACACAAAUAUGGUCAGACAUUUGAGAUUGUUGAUGACAAAAAGGUUAUCCCUGUUCCCGGAAUGACCUAUACUGGGUCAAAAGACGCAGAGGAUGACACUGCAGCAGCGGAGUCUGCUGAUUCUGCAGUCGCUGACGACUUGAUAAGACUAGCACUUAAAAGUGGAGUCAACAACCAAGAGAUUCAGGAUCUGGGAGCAGAGGUCCAAAAACUUUCAAACGCUGAUAUCGAGGAGAUGAAGAAGCAGGGAAGUAGCGGUCAGAUAGGACAGGCCAUCAUCGAUAAGAUUAUUCAAGGUCACGACAGUUUCGAGAAGAAAACCGUUUUCUCACAGCAAAAGUAUCUCAAGAGGAAGCAACAGAAGUUCUUGAGAAGAUUUACAAUUGACUAUCUUGGCGCGUCGCAGGUGCUACAAUACUACUAUGGAAAGGACCCAGGCAGAGUAUUGGACCUGAGUGAGGAGAGUUUGGGCAUCAUGAUGAACUACGCCAAUAUAAUGCCAGGCGGAAAUUAUCUUCUUGUUGAUGAGACUGGUGGUGUUAUACUAUAUGCAAUGCUCGAGAGAAUGCAAGGCAAGGGAAGGGUGACGGUUGUCCACGAGAACGAGCAUCCCAACCAUAUUGUGCUGAACAACUCCAUUUUUUCAGCGGAGGCCGUUGACGACAUGGUGAAAACCAUUAACAUCCUCAACUUUUUCGAGCCAGAAGUUGUGGUUCCAUGGAAAGAACUUCCCGAAGAGGAGAUCGAGGAGUACAAGCCUUCCAAAAAACAGACGUAUUUCAGAAGGAAGAAGAGGGCCUUGGAGUUGCAGACGGUGGUGGAGAUCGUGAAAAAGGGCAACUUUGAUGGCAUGAUCUAUGCCUCGACACUCUCACCUUCGACAGCUGUUCCACGUUUCAUCGAGAAGAUUGGAGGCUCGAGACCCAUUGUAGUGUACAGUCCGUACAUAGAGGUGGUGUCUGAGCUCUCACAUACUGUCUCCAAAGACCUCAGGGUUCUGGCGCCAAGCAUCAUCGCCACGAGAGUGAGACCGUACCAGACGAUUCCCGGAAGAAUCCACCCUCUGAUGUCCAUGAGAGGCGGAGGAGGAUAUGUGUUUUGGGGUACCAGGGUAUUCCCUAAGGAAGGCAUCACUGCCAUUGGCAGGGGCAGAAAGAAGAAGAAGCUGAACUCGGAAGAGCCCGUCGAAGUUUGA